AUAAUAUUCAUAACAGAUCAAUGUGGGAGAGUGGUUUGAGAAGAGAAAGAUGAGCAACGUUAAGCAAACACACUUUGAUCCUAUAGGAGUUACUUACGAUGAGGAUGGAAAUCCAAAAGUUAGCUACAGGUCUGAGGCCGGCACCUCCUCACACCUUCCUUCCUUUGACGCCGAAGAAGAUAUAACAAAUAUCUUCGACAUCGCCGGCGAGGGUUAUGACGUCACACUGUCUCUGGCUCAAGGAAGAAUCAGCUGGCGAGCAAUGAACCCAAAUGGAGGCAAAAAGAAAUCCAAGGGCUUGUCAUCAUUGUUCAAGAGCAGCAAAACCUCUUCGAAGGAUACAGAUGGUCUUGACCUUGAAGAUGCAUAUGGUGUGAAAAUACGGCGCCGACGGCGGGCAGACCAGAGUGAGGGAGAAGGAUUCUGUCUUGGGUUUGGACUCUUUACUUAUGAGAUGAAGGAAUCAGCAAAUGUGUUGAAAGACAAGAUUUUGUUCUUUGAGCAUCCAAGUGAAGAUGUUUGCAUUCGAUGGGUGAAACAAAUAAGUUCUUACCUGUCUGCAAUCAAAGGAAGGCCCAAAACGAUCAAACUGUUUCUACAAGAACACGCUGGACAUAAGAAUGGCCGCUCCUUCUAUCGACACACAAUUUUACCAAUGUUCAAAAAUGCUGAUGUCAGUGUGGACAUGACAGAGGUUCAGCACAACGAACACAUCAAGCAGGAAAUGAUCCACAUGAACUUGGAGGACUUUGAUUGCAUUGUUGCAUGUGGUGGAGAUGGGACUGCAUGCAAGGUGGCGGAUGCUCUACUCAACCGAUGGCAAAAAGACAAUGAUAUCGAUGUGAAGCCAGGGUUUACACCUGCCAGGUGCCAUAUUCCAUUAGGCAUAAUUCCCCUUGGUCUGACCAAUCACAUCGCAGGGUCUGUCGUUGGCACAGUGGAACCUAUCUCAGCAAUACUGCACAUCUUAUACGGUCAUAAACAACAUGUAGAUGUGUGUUCCGUGUAUUCCGAGGACAAGUUUCUCCGAUGGGCAUUCAACUCCCAGUAUGGGUUUGCUGGCAAUGUACUGUCUUUCCGCAGCCGGUACAGCUCACUAGGGGCCAAGAAGCUGGAUGUUGCAUUUAUCAAAGCUUUAACUAAAGCAAAACUCAGAUCUUACCACUGUGAUGUAGAAUAUAUUCCGGCUACCGGCAUCAACACGGCCGUGCUCAACACACCAUGUCGAAUAGGGUGCCGCGUGUGUUGGCACGAGGACAGCAGCGACCAGGACAGCGUCACUCAGGACCUGGUGGAGGAGCUGGACCCCCUGGCUAACUCCGGCUCCAGCAACUCCCUCAUAGAAAUUGAUCAUGACAGUCCCUGGAAGACAGUGAAAGGAUCAUUUCUGAAUGUUGGUGUGCUGACCUUACCUGGGCGCAGUGAGUUUGCCCCGAACGGUCUCAGUAAGUUCACCCAUCUGUGUGAUGGCAACAUGGACUUGGUGCUGGUCAAAGACACGGACAGGAAAGAAUUCAUUCGGUUCCUAAGAAGACAUGGCAAUGCCAAAAAUCAAUUUGACUUCCCAUUCAUUGAAGUGCAUCGUGUAAAGGAGGUAAGAUUCCGCCCCCGAUUACCGACCAGCUGGAAACACAGAGACCACAGUUUCAGUGAGAUUGACUAUGAAAUGUCAAGACUCAAAAGUAGGAAAAGUAGCAAGUCAGCUGAGGUGCUCAAUGACUUUGAUCUGGACGAAACCUUCAUGACACGCAGAGCAUCUCGAUCUGACUUCAGAAGGGCAGACAGUGUGAAGGCUUUGAACGGAAUGAGUGAUUCGGAUAAUGAUGAUGACGACUCUGGUGAUUGUUCUGAUGAUCUUGAUGGCGACAAUGAUGAUCGACAGAGGCGGGGAAAUCCAAGACGGCGACAGAGUGAGCCUGUGAAUCCCCUGCACCAGAAGCCUCGCUACGUGGGGCCCCAGUACAGGCUCACCUUCACCGAGCAGGAGAGAGCCAAGAGGCAGAAGGCACAACGAAAAAAGGAAGAAAAAGCUAAGAAAAAGGAGGAAUCCCGCCUGAAUUCUUAUUGGAAUCUUGACAACGAGCUCUGCCAACAACGAGAACUUGAUUUCAGAGUACACCAUGGCCUUCUGCAAAUAUGUGGAGAAGGCGUGUCACCUGACUGUGACAAUGUGGAGGUCACUAUGACUUGUUUACAACUUGUCAAAUAGGUCAUUUCAUGGACAUCAUUGUUCAGGGUCAUCAAGGAUCAUUGCCAUCAAGGGUCAUGGCCAUCGAGGGUCAAGGUCAUCAAGGAUCAAGGUCAUCAAGGAUCAUUGCCAUCAAGGGUCAUUGCCAUCAAGGGUCAUUGCCAUUAAGGGUCAUGGCCAUAAAGGGUCAAGGUCAUCAGGGAUCAUGGCCAUCAAGGGUCAUGGCCACCAAGGGUCAAGGUCAUCAAGGACCAUAGUCAUUAAGGAUCAAGUCAUCAAGGAUCAAGUCAUCAAGGAUCAAGUCAUCAAGGAUCAAGUCAUCAAGGAUCAAGGUUGCAAUAGAUCUAGGUCAACGAUCAUUUCAUGCUUUCAUUCUCAUUACUUCAUCAUUAUAUAUUGCAUUAAUUGUUUCCCCUGAGGUCUAUGACAAUGAGUUGAUUCAGUUCUGAAGGUCACAGUCAGUGUGUGGAAGAUCUCAUGAUGGAUAAUCACCUGGUUAUGAUCACUGAUGUUAGCACACUAUUUCAAGUACAUUUUGCGGUUUAUCAUUAUGAUGAAAUCUGGGAUAACUUUCUGAUACUGUUUUGAAAUUGAAAACAUUAAGGGACUGGCCAUUUGCUACUCUAGGGAUUAUAUAGGAAAACAGAAAUUGUCCCCGAAUAUUCUUGGAGAAAAUAAUAUUGCUUUAGACUGUUGAAAAAUAGAAAGAAAUUUCCUGCCACAAAAUGACAUUUUUGCAAGGUUUUUUUUCUUACAAAAUACAUUCAGGCUCAUAAUUUUAAGUAACAGAAUAUCUGGUUUUGUACAUACUGUAGCCGAAAAUAUAUCUAAUCUGGAUACAAAAUCCUCGGUCCCCUGCCAGAAUAUCAAAUGGUCGGUCCCCAAUGAUUGUCAUUAAAUCAUGAUCAUAUUCAAAGAUUCACACUCAAGUCUACAAGGAAGUUGUCAUAUGUACAAAUCACAUUGUUCAUCAUCUGCUGAGAUUUUAGUACUAACUAUCAUAUUCAGGGUGUAACAAUAAGCCAAACAUUAUGAUAUGAUAUCAGUAUUUGAAUGGUGCUGUGACGUUUUGUGUGACAUUUUUAUCACUCAUAAUCAAGUUUUAUAUAAAGAACCCAUUGAAUAUCACAGGAAUGCUAUCCACACAGGUCAACUUUGUGAGUUGCAGCAAAGUGUUGUGUACGGUUUUUGACAUCCUGAAUCAGCCUCAUCGGUAGCCAUGGUAACCAUUGUCAGAGAUUACAUCUGGAACCUUGUAUUUUGUUCCAUAAUCAAACAUUAGUCUUUUACUAGGCAGAAUACUUUUUUUGGUAUGAAAGCUCUGAUAAGAUGCUUUCUUGAAUUGGUGCUUUACUGAUGGAGGACCUAUGAAGAUACAGGUUAAAGUAGGUCUUAGCAACCCAUGCUUGUCGUAAGAGACGACUAACGAAAUGGGGGGUUGGCCUUGCUGACUUGGCCGAUGCAAGUCUUCUAUCCCAAUUGCAUAGAUUGUGAUGUCAAUCACUGGAUUGUCUGGUCCAGAUUCAAUUUAUUUAUAGACCACCGUCAUAUAGCUGGAAUAUUGCUGAGGACAGCAUUCAACAACAAAAAAAUAACAAAGAAACAAAACUGAAAGAGGAGCUCUGGCAACCAAGAAGUACUUUAUAUAUUCUUUAAAGAUUGUUAACAAA